ACAUUUAAUCCUAACCCUAAUUCAUUUCUCAAUUUUCAUUUUUACCUUUCCUGACUUUCCCUCUCCUUCUAUUGUGCGACUCUACCAUCUGAAUGCCCUCCAUUCCAUUGCCACCCUUUUAUGAUUCUACCCUUACCCUUCCCAGUGCUUACCUUUUGCCGCCCUUUAUUUUCUCCUUUGCACCGGCCGGACCAUUUCAAAUCCCAUUCCCUCCACUGCACUAUUGGUCUGCUGCUGCCAAACUGCUAAAGCCAUCUACUUGCUAUUGCCAAACCGUCGAAGCCAUCUACUUGCUGCUAUCUAGACUAUCAAAGCCAUAUGUAGUUAUGUUGCGGUCUUGCCCUUCUUGGUACUGAUUUUCUUUAUUUUCAAAAUACUGGUUUUUUUUUUAUGUUGGUUUAAUUAUUUUAUUUAUAUUGGAUUAAUUUUUACUUAUGUUUUAGUUUAGCUUGGAUUAAUCUCUGUUUAUGUUUGGAAUAAAUUUAUUAAUUGUUG